GUUGAAAAACAGAGUUACGGCACUCACGUAGACACUGGCCGUUUCUCAAUUUGCGUAUGAAAUCAAACGUUACACAAUCACAAAGAGCGAUCUUACAGUCAUAUUACUCACAAGAUAAAAUGCUGCUUUAAAUGUAGUCGACCUUGUUAUCAGUGUACAAUAUGCUAAAGUAAGCUAAAUUUAUGCAAAUACAGUUGGUGUUAUCUGUCCCGCGGAAAUCCAUUAAAAUAUGUUCACAGCACAGUUCAGUCUCUUGUGUUACGAAGGCAGCGCGUUAAAAAUGGUUUCAAAAUGUUCAGCUGGCCUGCGGUGAAAAAUGAAACCACAUACGUACCGGCUGGCACGGAUCGGCACGGAGUGGAACGAUUAAGCAACGAGAACGAUUCGGCACGAUGGUGGAAAAUAGCUCACAGAGAAUGUGAAGCUGACUUCACGCCCAUGUUGUGUUGCCAUCUGGGGAUGAUCAUACUCCACUACUGUUAUUGUUUUGAUAAAUACAGUUACUUGGUUUGUAUGAUAUACGGCGAAACCGAAAGUGAAAGAAUCAGGGAAUUUUCCCGAACAUUCUCUAUUGAGUGCUCCACGUGACCACACGGCGAGUGUCGUAACUCUCUUCCUCAACAGCUCUGGUGCAAACUGGUGGAAACUGCGUUUCUAGAGACGCUUCAGAUACGAGAGAGACUGCGCACCGUUACAGCAAACACCAGAGGGGACCGAUUUACCACGACCGACGCUGGUCUGUUGAGAGCUGUAAACCAGAGGAUAAUCAGUGUACUACAGUAACGUCCACCUACUGAAGGACUGAUUCAGUGUGUAUGUGUUCAGUUAGGUGAUGGCGGUGAACGUUUACUCAACAUCUAUGACCAAUGAGAACCUGAGCAGACAUGACAUGCUCGCCUGGGUCAACGACUCCCUUCAGCUCUCCUACACCAAGAUAGAGCAGCUCUGCUCAGGUGGGGCGUACUGUCAGUUCAUGGACAUGUUGUUUCCCGGUUGUAUUCUGCUGAAGAAGGUGAGGUUCCAAGCAAAACUGGAGCACGAGUACAUCAACAACUUCAAAGUCCUGCAGGGGGCGUUCAAGAGAAUAAACGUGGACAAGAUCAUUCCUGUAGAGAGGCUGGUCAAGGGAAGGUUUCAGGACAACUUUGAGUUUCUUCAGUGGUUUAAGAAGUUCUUUGAGGCAAACUACGACGGGAAGGAGUACGACCCCGUGCUGGUCCGACAGGGUCAUGAUGCCACACCUCCACCCAACGCAGGGCCCCAGCGGACAUCACCAACAGGACCCAAAAGCAUGCCCCCACCCCCGCGUGUCAUCAGCUCCACCCCCUCGACCGCCAUGAGACGGAACAUGCCAAUGUCACGUAACGGAAGCGGUGAUGCUGAGAUCAAGGAACUUAGCCAGCAGUUGAUGGACCUGAAGUUGACUGUUGACGGUUUGGAGAAAGAACGAGAUUUCUACUUCAGCAAGCUCAGAGACAUCGAGCUGAUCUGUCAGGAACACAAGAGCGACAGUAGCACCAUCCUCUCCAAAAUCAUGGACGUCCUCUACGCUACAGAGGAUGGUUUUGCGCCUCCGGAAGAUGAAGAUAUCGAUGAACCGCCACAAGACCAAGAUGAAUAUUGAUCAACUCACGCGACUCUCUCUCAUCUCAUUCAUGUCUUUAUCCUUUCGGCCCGACCACACCAUCUCUCUUUUUCCUCCCUCUAUUCUUCCCAAUUGUCCCCAAUCUCAAACCAGAAGACACUAGAGGUGUGGUCUAAUGUGCUAAUGGAUUGGUUAUAGGUGUGUUUACGCAUACGUGAUGUGUGAGUUUUGAGAGUGACACUGCAGUCGUGUGCAGAGAUUGAAGUUUUAUUGGCUGUAGGGUUUAAGGAUGGUUUUCAAGCCACUCCAGCACUGACCCAUAAACAUUCAGUCUCACAUUUCAAUUUACUUCCGGAGCCAGGAUGAUGAACAGGUCUGAGUCAGUGUAUAUCUACACACGCACGCACACACACACGCAAACACGCGCCUGUUCUGUUGUAGUGUUAAUGUAGCCAACGCUUAGAUUUACUUAAUUUUUAACAGUAUUUAAUGUGGGCUCGUUUUGUAGCAGUGCAAAUCAAAACUCUUUUCACAAAUUGAAUACAGGUUCCUUGUCUAUUCCAAAAUACUAAACUUAAUUCAAUUUUAUCAUUUUAUCAUAAGUGUGUGUGUGUGGAGAUGUGUUUCUUUGUAAUUGCCGGUAAAUCAUUAGCAAUAGUGCUGGUGUGGUGUGGAGUUUUAUUUAUUUACGAAGGAAAGAGAACAACUAGCAUCGAUUAAGUCAAGUAAUGUGAUGAAAAAGACUGAAAGUAUAAAACAAGAGUUUUCUAUAGCUGCUAAAUUUUAAUUUAUCAUUUCAUUGUUUUCUUUUUAAUAUUUUCUUUUGUUGCACAGAAUAAAAUGUUAUGCAGGUUCGUUUUGAUUGACAGGAUCUGUGUCAUUUACACUUUCACCCCUGUCACCCACAUCUGCUGUCACUAUGGAGGAUUAAAACUGCUAAAAUAAUAAGUAAAAAAUGCUGAAAGAAUUACAUAAAUGUUUAUAAAUACACAUACUGAUGUUAAAAUACAUAUACAUAUUUUUAAAUGUGUUAGGAGCCUAAUCGUUAAAGUCCCAGUGAAAUAAAAAGUUACUUUGCCAAUAUUUUUUAUUAAAUAUUGAAAUAUUGCAGCGCAUUUACUGUAAAUAGUUUAGCAAUGUAGGUCAGUCCCUUUCUAAAGUUCAAGUGCCCUCAUAAUCUAAAGUUAAAAUCUAAAAAUGAUCCGUCGUAUGUUAGACGGCUUCCUCGGAGCAUCCGUUAACUCCUCCCCCUAAACUGUCACUCUGCUGCCAAUUUCUUGGUGUUGAAAUCUUUUACCUUUUAACAACCAAAUCAGUUGUCGUCCAGCCCUACAUUUCCCCGUCAUUUCAGAAGUUGUUUCAUACCUCACAAUUUUGAAAAAUAGACAAUCCCUACUUCAUUUAUACACAUAUUUAUGUAUUUAUUUCCACACUUAUUUAUUUAUCAUAUUUGCAGGUUUUGUCCUCCAUAUGUCACAGCAACUGUUGCCAUGGCAACCACACAGACAUUCAUCCAUUUGGAGUUUUACUAUGUAAAAUAAAAAUGUCUGCGGGGAA